ACACCGCUCUUUAGGACCGCGCGGAAACCGCCAAAGCGCUGAUCCUGUGACGUCAUGGCAGUCUGCCGAUCUUAUAAUACAUCCAUGCGCUCAGCAGUCAGGAAAGAUGGCGGCGGAGGAGAGCAGGUUGAAGCAGCGGAGUCACAAAAACAGCAUCUUCACAGAAGGAGGCUUUAAACGGGACGCCUCCCAGAUGAGGUGUGAGGAAGAGGAGGACCUGCUGGAGGAGGAGGAGGAGGAGGAGGUGGUGGGCGUGGCCCGGCCGGUGCAGAUCGUGGUGGCGGACGAGGAGGAGCACUCGUUCUCGCUGCAGGAGGAGGCGCUGGAGCGGCUGCUGCUGCAGGAGGAGGUGCAGGACCUCAACGUGGUCGUGGUCUCUGUGGCCGGAGCUUUCCGGAAGGGCAAGUCCUUCCUGCUGGACUUCAUGCUGCGCUACAUGUACAGCCAGUCGACCCGUCCGUGGAUCGGCGGCGAGGACGAGCCUCUGACCGGCUUCACCUGGCGGGGCGGCUGUGAGAGGGAGACCACGGGCAUCCUGGCCUGGAGCGACGUGUUCGUGGUGGAGAAACCAGACGGCUGCAAGGUUGCAGUUCUACUAAUCGACACACAGGGGGCGUUUGACAGCCAGUCGACCAUCAAAGACUGCGCCACGCUGUUCGCCCUGAGCACCAUGACCAGCUCUGUCCAGGUCUACAACUUGUCCCAGAACGUCCAGGAAGACGACCUCCAGCACCUCCAGCUCUUCACUGAGUACGGACGACUGGCUAUGGAGGAAGUCUACGAGAAACCCUUCCAGACUCUGAUGUUCCUGAUCAGAGACUGGAGUUACCCCUACGAGCAUCCGUACGGUCUGGAGGGAGGACGGAGCUUCCUGGAGAAACGACUGCAGGUGAAGCAGAACCAACAUGAGGAGCUGCAGAACGUCAGGAAACACAUCCACUCCUGCUUCUCCAACAUCAGCUGCUUCCUGCUGCCGCACCCAGGCCUCAAGGUGGCCACCAACCCUCACUUUGACGGGCGGCUCAGAGAUAUUGACGAGGAUUUCCAGAAGGAGCUGGUGAGUCUCGUCCCGACGCUGCUCUCUCCAGAGAACCUGGUGGAGAAGGAGAUCGGAGGAGUGAAGAUCACCUGCAGAGACCUGCUGCACUACUUCAAGGCCUACAUGAAGAUCUACCAGGGAGAGGAGCUUCCUCACCCCAAGUCCAUGCUGCAGGCAACAGCUGAAGCCAAUAACCUUGCAGCUGUCGCUGGAGCCAAAGACUUAUACAACAAAAGCAUGGAGCAGAUCUGCGGCGGAGACAAACCCUACAUUUCCCCGACGGAGCUGGAGUGUCGACACGCGGAGCUCCGACAGGCGUCGGUGCGACACUUCCGCUCCGUGAAGAAGAUGGGCGGCGAGGAUUUCUGCCGCCGCUACCAGGAGCAGCUGGAGGCGGAGCUGGACGAGGCCUACUCCAACUUCAGCAAGCACAACGAUGGCAAGAACAUCUUCUACGCUGCGAGGACGCCCGCCACGCUGUUCGCCGUCAUGUUCGUCAUGUAUGUGGCGUCGCUGGUCACCGGCUUCGUGGGCAUCAACUCCGUGGCCACGCUGUGUAACCUGGUGAUGGGCGUGGCUCUGACGGCGCUCUGCAUCUGGGCUUACGUCAAAUACUCGGGAGAGUUCCGCGAAGUCGGAGAACUCAUCGACCAGGUGGCUGAAACCCUCUGGGAACAGAGGACUCCACGAAAGGUUUUCUCCAAACUCUUCGAGGUGGCCCGGAGUCGAGUCUCGUUGGGGAACCUGAUCCCGGUGCCGCGGCCCCGACUCGCCUCAAACAACAACGUCAAGAAGAAAAACUAGCAGCUCCCCUUCUGGGCUCUGUCAUGUUUAUCCCUCCUCCUCCUCCUCCUCCUCCUCCUUCUCUUCCUCUUCCUCCUCCUCCUCCUCCUCCUCCUCACCACCUUCUGCUCGGUUGUGAAACGACGUUUUUCAGGUGGUUUGAGACGUAAGAAGCUAAGUUUGUUUCCUAGACGACGGUUCCUCGCCGUGCUGGCGGUAGGUUCAAGGACUCGCUGUAGACCCAGACGCCGCGGUGUGAUGUAUUUUACUUUUUGUCAGUGGGCGGGGUUAAGGUAUAUAUUGGUGGGCGGGGCCAUUAUUCUAUCACAGAGUGUCAUCCCAGGUGCGUGGGCGCCUGUCGGAUGGCGACUCGACAUUAAUGAUUCCCAUUUAUGUGAAUGUAUGAAUGAAGAGCAUGACCACAGAUCCUCCACGCUUUCUUUCUUUCCUCCUCCUCCUCCUCCUCUUCCUCCUCUCGUCCUCGUCAGGUUUGUUUCUGUUGCCAGGCGGCGGCGGCGGCGUGAGGAGGAGUCACGACCAAAGUUUACAGCUUUACUCAGACGUAGAAACACCGGCAGGAAACUGCGGCUGGCAGAAGGUUUGACGUUUGCUUUCAGGGAAAAUUUACGGCUUUUUCUGAAUUUUCCAGAAUCAGAAACUCAUGGAAGUUAAAUUAGUUCAGUCGAAAACACGCCUGCAGCUGUGAGACUUUAACUCGGAUCCGUCAGCAGUACAAGCACGGAAGCUCAUAGUCGAACUCGUGUGGGUAAAUAUUCACUUAGCUGUUCCCAGAGCUUUCGAGCAUAUCCCACAGCCUUCUUCAGCCAAUGGAAACUUCUUGCUCAGGUGUCAUCACGUACAGGAUCAGGUGGGAUACGGUCGAGAGAUCCAGGAGUAGCUGACAAAGAGUUGAGAAUAUUUAACACAAACAAAUGAAUAACUCUUCAAAGGAAAGAUGGAGCAUCUAUGAGCUCGAUCGGUGACCUCAGAAAGGUCAAACUGUAUUUUUUUAACUGUUUCUCAGCAGCAGGUAAAGCACGAAGAGCCGAGAACAAACAUAUAAUAAUAAACAUAAUAAACAUUUAAUCAGUGAGAUCAUGAACCUGCUGCUGGAGAACAAGUCAUUUAUGUUCUUCAUGUUUUUCAUAAACACGGCUGAACUUUACACCAUCAUGACUGUUAACAGGAAGCAGCUCAGAUGUUUAAUAGUUCAAUUAACCAAAAUAAAAAAGAAGUUUAAUGAAACAUGUCGGCAGUUUUUUAAAAGAUUCUUUGACCAUAAAAUCUAAAAACAUUCGUAUAUAAAGUAUAUUUUCACUCUGCAGAUUCCAAACAAAGAUCGUUCAUCUCAACAUGUUACCCAGAAUUCAAAGCUUUACAGACUCGAUGGUUCCAUGAGUUCAUCUGACUCCGAGAGCAGAAUAAACGUUUCCCUGAAAGCAAGCCGCCCUUCACAGAGAGGACUGACUCGGUGUCUGUGGUCGGUGAUUUAUUUUCUUAGAUCGGUUAUCACGAGAUCACAGCUUUGAUUAUUUUGUAUGUUUGAGAUGUUUUGAGUUGUGACUCCAUCAUGACUUCCAGUAUUUACCUCUAUUUUGUGUUUCUCAUGUACUUUUUAAAGGAAAUCCUCUUCUUCUCUUUCUCUCUGAGAUGUUCGGAUGGGUAUCAGUGCUGUUAGCUUAGCUUAGCAUAAAGACAGGAAGCAGGGGGAAACCGCUAGCCGCGCUCCGUCCAGACGUCAGAAAUACACCUGCUAACACGUUGCACCUAGUUUGUGUUUUUUUACUUUUCUGUUUGGAUGAAACGGUUUGUGGUUUCAAAGUUAGAUGUUGAACUAUUUCUAGAUAACAGAGCAUCUAAUAAUAAUAAUAAUAAUGAUACAUAACAUGACGAUCUUUGAAAAACCCAGAAGGUCGUUCAGUAACACGAACUGCAGACUCUUUGAGCCAUCUGGAUAAAAAAUAUAUAUUUCCAGCUGCGACUGUAAUCAAGUAAAACAGGAACAUUAUUUUGUAUGAACAUGCAAAAUAUUGAACAGAAACCUAAAUAUAAACAAAUAUAUCUGAUAAUAAAGUUUAUUUUGCUUCAUGUACAGAAAGAAUAAGCUCGUGUGUCAGUUCUGCUGUUGUUCUAGAAACUGUUGAAGAUCUUUUUUUUUUUUUUUUUUAUAGUGCAACAAACAUUUUUUUUAUCCAGAUGUUUGAGGAUGUUUAUGGCAGUUAUGACAUUUGGCUCUUAGAGGAUUUGGGAAAUAUCUCCAGAACAGCAGUUUGUGGCUCUUUAGUGCUGUGAAACACUAAAGAGCCACAAACUGUUUUUUUUACUGUUAAACAAUAGAAACCAUAUUCACAUUUAAGAUGAGUGAUUGCCGAGACGAUUCGAGGCAGUUUAAGAUUUACACUCAGUCUCUGUGUGGACGGACGGCGGUCGCUCUCGCCAGGAGGAACGAAAUCUGAAGCCAACAAGUAAUGAAACAUACAGUUAAUUAAUCGAUACAAAACCUUAGAUUACGUUCAUCAAUGUUUUAAACUUCCAAGGAAAAAAUUAUCUUUCUACAACAAACAGCUACAGUUUGGUUACUGUUACUCACAAUGUGAAUCUGACAGAAGAACUGCGCGGAUGGAUACGCUGCUGUUUGUUAAGAAAUAGUUCCACGCCUGUAAAAAACACAAACAUUUCUGUUUGGAUCAAACAAACAAGGUGUUCGUCAGUGAACUGUAGAGACGUUGGCAGGUGUAUUAAUGAACUUCAGACAGAGCCAAGCUAGCUGUUCCCCACCUGCUGCCAGUCUUUAUGCUAAGCUAAGCUAAGCUAACCAAGCUAACUCUCACAAAGACAAAGAAUAAGAAGAUUUCACAAAAUGGAAAUCAGGCGUCUAAAACGAAAACGUUUCCAUCUUUAAUGUUAGUUUGUGUUUCAGAGGAAGAAUCGAUCAAAGCUUUUUUAAAUAGUUUUUUUUUUUUUCCUGUGUUCAAGUUCAGCUGAGACGUGUAGAUAAUAUUUAAUUCUGUUAUUUAACUCGAGUGUUGAUCCUUGUCUGUCCUCCUGUUUUUUUUAAAGCACCAGAAGCCGUUUCAGUAAAAAACACUAAAGAGUCGAGCUGGAGGCCGAGGCGACGCUCGAUUUCUGCUGUUGCAUCACCCGCAUAAUAUGAACACUUUGUGAAGAUGGUGUCAGAGUUUCAGUUUUUAAAGCCAAAAUCGGUGAAUCGGAUGAAUUAAAGGUUCAUUCCAAACGUGACCUCUGAUGAGCCGAGAGUCCGGCGGGGUCGGAGGUCACCACGUUUUCUUUAUUUAAUCAUGAUUCCAUCCACAUCAUCACCACUGUGUGCUUUUUGUUUUUGUACAGUUUAGUUUUUUACAUCCACACAUAGGGCAUGUGUAUGAAAUAUACAUAUAUAAAUAUAAAUUUUCUAGACCUUUUUGUAGCUGGAAGAACAACGGUUGGGUGGUAGACCAGAUUCAGCUCACUGGAUGUAAAGGAAUGCUUUCGUGAUUUGUGGAUAUGUCUAAUAAAUUCCUUUUUUAUAUAUAUAUUUGUAAAUUUAAUCUGACAUGAGCACUACGAUUUCACCCCCUGCUGGCAAAGAAUGUUUAUAAUCUGGAUUAUUUUUUCUUUCUUUUUUUUUUUUUGUCUUCUGUUGCAUUUUAAAGUUAUUUUCGUUAAUUUAUUUUUCAAUACAAUAUUAAACCAAACUCCUACAACACA